AGCGGCCAGGCAGCCAUGGCAGACUACGAAGUGCCCGACCCCCCGCCGCCCCCUGGCUCUCCACCUUCUCUCCGCCGACUCCUUGCUCUCCCUCACGAGAAUGUGUGGAGGAGGAUCACUGACAAAGACUGCAGAAGUUUGUUUGGGAUCAUGUUCUCAAAAACGCUAUGAGUAAUUAGAAGUUGAGUUCAAGUAGUUUUUGUGAUAGAUGGUAAGAUAAGCUUCGUGGAUGGUUGUUGUUGGUCUUCCUGCCUAAAUUGUUCACUAAAGAACUAUGUUAGUUUAUGGUUUAUAGAUGGAGUGGGAAACGGUGGGUGUUUGUCAUUUGUGGUUGCUGCUAUGUUUUCUGUAGGGUGGAUUAUUGAAUUGUGAAAUUUUGUUCACUAAUUCCUUUAAAAGCUCAAUGAUGACUCAAUAUCAAACAUUGGUUUCUUCUCAUUUUCCUAAAUAUUUUCUAAUGCUGGAGUCUUGAUGUUGGUUUUUGAGCCUUAGCGAAUGUGGGAGUUACAGAUGCAUGGAUUUUUCAUGUCCAGAUACAUUGAUUUCUUUGUGUCUGGAUUCUUCAGAUUUGUUUUUAUUUUUUAUUUUCGUUUUUCAGGUCUAGAUACAUGGAUUUAAGGUCUGGAUAUAGGGAUGUGGAAUGGAGGAGAAACAGUGGAGGUGGCGGAAGAGAAAACUUUGGGGAUAAAAGGGGUCUUUAUGUCCUUAACUGAUAUUGAUUCUUAAUCUACACAUUAUAAAUUUAUACGACUUGAAAUGGUACUCUAUUCUUUUCUGUUAUAUAUGAUAAAAUUUACAAAUUCAAGUGAACAACAAAAAUUUUUGUGAAGCCUAUUACAUUAGAUCAUGAUAGCUUAAAUUGUUUUUUUGUUCUACUCUAAAUUGUUGUUCUGUAUUUUAUUUUUACUAAAAACUCCAUCUUUGGUAGCUUUUAUUUAUCUACUUGGCAGGAUUCACUAGGUCGUAACAGCAUAGAACUUUUAUGAUAGGUGAGUAGCAUUUUCUGUUUGUCCGUUACUGUCUCAAUACAUAGCAGUUUAGACU